GUGUGUGUGUGUCCUGUUGGUGGUAGUGUUGGUGGUUAAAAAGCAAUUUGGGACUUCCUCUUUGAACAGUUGCCUUUUCCUCUCACAGAAGGAAGAUUUCAUUUUGUUUGAAACGAGAAACCAAACCACACACCAAAGAGAGGGGUAUGAUGGCUAAGAAGCCCCCAAAACCAGCCCCUCGCAGGAUCUUCCAGGAAAGGUUAAAGAUUACUGCUCUACCUUUGUACUUUGAAGGUUUUUUAUUAAUCAAGAGGUCAGGAUACCGGGAGUAUGAGCAUUACUGGACAGAGUUGAGAGGAACUACUCUUUUCUUUUAUACCGAGAAAAAGAGUAUAAUAUAUGUUGACAAAUUAGACAUAGUAGACCUCACAUGCCUUACUGAGCAGAAUUCAACUGAAAAGAAUUGUGCGAAAUUCACCCUUGUUUUGCCGAAAGAGGAAGUACAACUGAAGACAGAGAACACAGAAAGUGGGGAAGAAUGGAGAGGCUUCAUUCUUACAGUAACAGAGCUGUCAGUUCCCCAAAAUGUGUCACUCCUACCUGGGCAAGUAAUUAAACUGCAUGAAGUCCUAGAGAGAGAAAAGAAAAGGAGGAUUGAGACAGAGCAGAGUACGUCCGUGGAAAAAGAGAAGGAACCAACUGAAGAUUAUGUGGAUGUACUGAACCCUAUGCCAGCAUGUUUUUAUACAGUGUCCCGGAAAGAGGCAACUGAGAUGCUCCAGAAGAACCCUUCUUUGGGAAAUAUGAUCCUGAGGCCUGGUAGUGACAGUAGAAACUACUCCAUCACUAUUCGGCAGGAGAUAGACAUUCCAAGAAUCAAGCACUACAAAGUGAUGAGCGUAGGACAAAACUACACUAUUGAACUGGAAAAACCUGUAACACUCCCAAACCUUUUCAGUGUCAUUGAUUAUUUUGUGAAGGAGACUCGAGGAAAUUUAAGACCAUUUAUAUGUUCAACUGAUGAAAACACUGGUCAAGAACCCAGUAUGGAAGGGAGAAGUGAAAAGUUGAAGAAAAAUCCACACAUUGCAUGAAAUACAAUGUGAAAGCUCCUUUGUGUAUCUUGGUAAUUUAUAUUUUCAAAACGAAGUUCUUACUUUUAAAGAGAAUUACCUAUAUUCUCCUGAUACUGAUUACCAAGUCAUUCACCCGAACACCAGAAUUAGAAUUAAACAUUGUACCAUACAAUUUCAUUAUCUUAUCAGAAUGAAACCAAUUCACAGGGAAACUAGAGACUACGGCUGUGGUGGUAACCUGCAGAUAUACACAUUCCCAUGCACUGACAUAAGUUGAAAACACAUAGUACUUUCUAGAUGGAAUUUUUUUCUUUAGGCCUCAAUGAAAUACAUUUCCCCUAUAUAAUUCCAACAGCAGUUUCUCUAGUUCUAAAUUCUACCAAUUCCCAAAAAACCUAAGUUUUGCUGAAAUCUGAUUUGACCAAUUUAUCAAAUGUCAUUUUAAUUACCUAGCUGGAAGUUAGAGACAUGAAAUGUACUAGAGGAGCCCUUUUCCAAUGGAAAUAUUAUAUACCACAUUUUUUGUUAAUGGAAAUAAAUGUCUCCAUUCCCAUGUUUUUCCCUGGUGUCAUCUUUUUGCCACUCAAAAUCAGCCCAUUAUUUCCUUACAAAGAUCGUGAAAGGCUGUAUCAUCAUCUUGUGUCGUAAGUACGAUGAGCCUGAUUAUAAGUACCCGGAGUUCUUAAAAAUAUGGAACCAUCAGCCCCAGACUGCAUCUACUGAAUCAAAAUAACGGAUAUUUUUUCAUAAUUUUUUUCUUCAAAAGCAAACUUUUAAAUUGAUUUUGAUGGUUAUCAAUUUGGGAAUCACACAAUCAACUAAGAAUGAAAAGAUAUGGUCUAUAUUCUACAGGGGAAAGACUAUGUGAGACAGAGGGAGAAAACAGCCAUUGACAACUCAAGGAGAGAGGCCUCGGGGGGAAAAAAAGAUCAACCUGGCCAAAACCUUGAAAAUCCGGCUUCUUGACUUGUGAGAAAAUAAAUUUGUGUUCCUUAA